UCCUGCAGCUGUGUUUUGAAUCAGAAUUUAACCGCCAGCAGAACGAUCGCCCGAUUCAGUUUGAAGUUGUGCUGUUUCUUCCCAAGAACCACUGAUAAUAACACAUAGAGAUGGAUCUGGACGCUAUGAAAUACCCAAAGCUGCGGAGUCUGGCGAAGGAACUUGGACUUAAAUCAAACAUGAAGGCCGAUCGUCUGCGGAUCACCAUCAAGCAGCACUAUGAACAAGAACAGCAGCUGAAAGAGGACCAGGUCAUGGACAGUGUGGACCUUGGCGCACAGGAGGACGUGAACGCCAACCUGGCAAGCGUAGGAGACGAUCCAAGCACCAAGAAGUCUCUGUUUGUGACCAGUCGUCGCGGGAAGACGAGCAAGAGGAAGAUCUCUGAUGGGGAGCAGCCACUCGUCACAGCUGAGGUGGAGCCAGAGACCGGGGUUCUGGAUGAGGGAGGAAUUGCCAAGAAAAGAAGAGUGUCCGCGACCACAAAACCCGAAGAGACUGGCCCUGUGAGCGAGCAGCAAGCCGAGGUCCAACCAGACCCAGCAGCCUGCGACCAAGGUACAGGAAACGAUCCAAAGUUGGAAGUGGCCGGAAGGAUCCCCCGCCAUGCAGGGCUGAUGAAGAGGAACAAGCCUUUGAUGAAGGCCAGCACCCCCAACUUCAAGAAACUCCACGAGGCCCACUUCAACCGGAUGGAGUCCAUCGACUCGUACGUCCAGAGGAAGACCAAGCAGGAGACGGCUUUAAAAGCCGCCUCCCAGGACCUGAAGGUUCCUCCAAAGAGCGCUCUGCCGAAGCCAGCCGAUGUCAAACCACAACAGCUGGUGAAGCUGUCCCGGUCCUCACUGAUGAGCCCCGCGGUGCCCAAGCCUACCGCUGCCCAGGACGAGCCCCGGGCUAGGCGGGCGGUCCAGAGAGAGGCUUCCUUCAGACCCUCCGUCCUGUCCUUGCGCAGGAUCAACGUCCAGUUCUCCGAAGCGACUCUCGACAACAAAUCCAAGAAGUCCCAGCUGAAGACCCCGACCCGCCUGUCCACCUGUGUGGCCCGGCGCGCCUCGGGGAGGCCGACCGGCGACAAGCCCUCCGUCACCAAGAGCUCCAACGCCUCCGCCUCCAAGACCCCUGGGGCCUUUGUUUUCAGCGGGAACACAAGUUCCUCCGUCACACCCGGGAACAACAAGCCCAGCUUUGACCUGAAGGCCAGCCUGUCCAAGCCUCUCUCCUACAAGCCCCAUACAGGCAAGCUGAAGCCCUUCGGAGACGCAAAGGAAAACGCCGCGGCCAACACCACGGUGGUCCAGUUGCACCAGAAGAAUUACAAACAGCACCAGGUUCAGACCAGGGAGGAGAGGCGGACCAAGCAGACGCAGGGCAGGAAGCAGAAGAAGGAGAGCGCUCUGGGAGCCAGACGAGGACUCGUGAUGUCAUAACCGCUUCCUGUUUGUAGAAUGCAGAUCUGUACAGCAUGUCGUUUUUUCUUGUAAAUAUUUGCCUGUCCGUUCUGGACUUUCACAUCACGCGUCAGCUGGGUUUUUGCUACCAGAAAUUGUAUUUGUUUUGUAACUAUUUUGUAUUUCAAAAAAAAAAGUUGCUGCAGCUUUGUCGUGACAAUUUUAGCGUCUAGAGUAGUGUUAUGUUUUGCUGAAUGUUUUUUGCCCUUAAAAAAUACAUGUUUUUAAUCUAUUACUGGACGUUUGUAUUAAACUUUUUUAAAGUUGACUGUGGGUUUGAGUCUUGCACUGAAAAACAGUGACAGGCCAGAAAUCCUUAUGUAAUGAAUGUCCCAGAGGCCAAUGUUGAUAGAUCUAAAGAUUCAGAAUAAAUGCGUCCUCGUUAAAAUAAAAAAAUUAAAAUAAA